CCUAAGGCGAUGCAAUUGCUAUAUCAAAGGUCAAUCGAGCUCGACUGGGGAAAUUUCACAAACCAACGGCUCAGAUCUUGUCGUUAGAUCAAAUUCCUGAUUCUGGCAUGAUGAUGGGCUCCCUACAACGGUAAUAUUCAUUUCGAAUUUAAACCGUUUUAGGGCUAAACCAAAAACAGCCGUUCGAACUAAAAAAAAGAUCGGGGAAGAAUACUUGCUAUUUGUUCUCAUCUUCCAUAAUCCCUUCCAUCUAGUGUUCCAAGAACUUGUAUUUUCUUCUGUUUUGCUCAAGUCGCGUGCAAGAAAUAGAGAGAUUCCUCUCACCUUCGGUCCAUAACCCUAACCCUAGGUUUCGGCUCCGCUUGGCCUUGCUUCUGGUUGAAAGAUUUGGAGAAGACUUCUUCUGUCAUGCUUGGAAGAGAUAUGGAAGCAAGUGAUUCCAAAAAUGAUUUCUUUGAUUCUAUGCUCUGCGUUCCCGAUUCGAGGUUCGUCAAGUCCGGUUUUAGAAUGGCGAGUGGCGGAGAUGAGUACUUGUUGUUUGUGAAUGCUGGUGGGGGCUUGAUACAAUCAAAAGAUUCUCAUAUUAAUUUCAUUGGAGAUUCAUUUUUUGAGGGAGGAGAUGUUAUUGAAACUAAUGAAAUGAUAAUCGAUGGUGGUGAUUAUUGGUACUUGUAUCAAUCUGCUCGUUUUGGUAACUUCUGUUACAAGUUCUUUGAUCUCCUCCCUGGAGAGUACUUCGUUGAUUUGCACUUUGCCGAGAUAGUUUACACAAAUGGACCUAAAGGAAUGAGGGUUUUUGAUGUAUUUGUUCAAGAUGAAAAGAUACUCUCAGACAUUGAUGUGUAUGCUAUUGUAAGGGCAAAUCAGCCUUUGCAGGUUGUUGAUGUUAGGGUCUUUGUACUGAACGAUGGUAUGCUUGUUGUAAGAUUUGAGGGAAGAAGUGGAACUCCAAUGGUUUCUGGGAUUUCAAUCAGGAAAGCUCCAAACCUACCAGUGAUUUCACAGCCUAUAAUAUGCAAUAACUGUGCCAGUGCCCAAGAAAUUUCUCCUACUCGGAAUAGAGCUCGAAAUGCAAAAUUUCUUGCGAAAUAUGAGAAGAAGAUACAGGAGUUGACAGCCCAAUGCAAGAUGAUGUCUGAUGAGUGUCAUGAAGCUUGGAUGUCACAGAAAGCAACAAAUGACCAAUUAGAGGAACUAAAAAUGGAUCUCAAUAAUAAGCUUUUCCAUACAGAAAAUUUAGAAAUUACCCUUGAAACAUUAAUGGACAAAUUGAGAAAUGUUACUGAAAUGUACGAACAAGACCAGAAAAAAUGGAUUGCCACAAUAACUGAUUUGGAUGGAAAAGUUAAGGUUAUGAAACAAGAGCACCACCAACUAUGUCUAGAAGCCCGUGAUUGUGCCAAUUCAAUCCCUAAUUUGAACAAGAUGAUAACUGCUGUGCAUGCAUUGGUUGCACAAUGUAAUGAUCUUAAAUCAAAGUAUGCUGAAGAGAUAGCCAAGGGAAAGAAUUUAUUCAACUUACUUCAGGAAACAAAAGGGAAUAUCAGAGUAUUCUGCAGAUGUCGCCCUUUGAACAGGGAAGAAGCCUCAUCCGGAUAUGCCACCGUUGUAGAUUUCGAGACGGCCAAGGAUGGCGAACUUGGAAUCAUCACCGGAGGAUCCACAAAGAAAACCUUCAAAUUUGACAGAGUCUACACUCUAAAAGAUGAUCAAUCUGAUGUGUAUGCUGAUGCAUCGCCACUGGUGAUAUCGGUAAUGGAUGGUUACAAUGUCUGCAUAUUUGCAUAUGGGCAGACGGGCACCGGGAAGACGUUUACAAUGGAGGGGACUGAGCAAAAGAGGGGAGUGAACUAUAGAACUUUGGAAGAAUUAUUUAAGAUUGCUGGGGAGAGAAAGGAAACGUUUGAUUAUAAAAUUUCGGUCAGUGUUUUGGAGGUUUAUAACGAACAAAUCAGGGACUUGCUUGCAACUUCUCCAUCAUCAAAGAAGUUGGAGAUAAAACAGGCAGGUGAAGGAUUUCAUCAUGUGCCAGGAAUAGUGGAGGCCAAAGUUGAGAACAUAAGAGAUAUUUGGGAUGUUCUUCAAGCUGGAAAAAAUGCCAGAGCUGUUGGAUCAAAUAAUGUUAAUGAGCAUAGCAGUAGAUCUCACUGCAUGUUGUGCAUAAUGGUGAGGGCUGCGAACUUGAUGAACGGCGAAUGCACGCGAAGCAAGCUUUGGCUAGUUGAUUUGGCAGGUAGUGAAAGGCUUGCAAAAACUGAUGCACAGGGGGAGAGACUCAAGGAGGCUCAGAACAUAAAUCGAUCCCUUUCGGCCCUUGGAGAUGUCAUAUUUGCCUUAGCAAGUAAAAGCAGCCACGUUCCUUAUAGGAAUUCAAAACUUACGCAUCUGCUGCAAGAUUCAUUAGGUGGUGAUUCAAAAGUUUUAAUGUUUGUACAAAUAAGUCCCACGGAAAAUGAUCUAAGCGAAACACUUAGCUCACUCAACUUUGCCAGUAGAGUCAGGGGAAUUGAACUGGGUCCUGCAAAAAAGCAGGUUGAUACAGGCGAGCUACAGAAGUUGAAACAGACGAUCGACAAGCUGAAGCAGGAAUGUAAAUCUAAGGAUGAGUCCUUGCGGAAGCUGGAAGAGAACUUUCAAAACUUGGAGAGCAAAUUCAGAGGAAAAGAACAGAUGUGUAAAUGCCUACAAGAAAAGAACAAGGAACUUGAGUCAAAGGUGGAGCUUCAAAGCUUUUCAGAGAGGCAAAAUUUGCAGCUUUCAGAGAAGCUGAAGGCAGCGGAGGAAACUUGUGUUGCACUUCAACAUAAAGUCAAACUGCUGGAACACAAGUUGAAAGAAAAUGAACAUUCUGAGGCCCUUAUGCUUCAGCAGAAGAUCAAGGAGCUUGAUUUGAAGGUCAAAGAACACCAGCGUUUAGAAUUAAUAGCUCAACAAACGGUUCAAGAUCUCAAUUUGAAGCUCAGAGAGAGACAACAGUAUGAAUGUUUUCUUGAACAAAAGGUUAAGGAUCUUGAGGAGAAGCCUAGAAAAGAGGAAGAAAUGACACUAAUGAAAUCUGCAGAUGCUCAACGAUUUGCAAACUCAGCUGAAAGGAAAGUUUUAACAAGGGAAGAAUCUACAGGUGAAACCGAUCCAAAGAUUCUGAGAAGUUCAAGUUCUAUCAAUAGGCCACCUGCAGCUCGUGGUUCUAUUUUCCUCAAGGCUGAAGAUACCCUUCUUCAUGACUUAAAAUUAGAAAGAGAACCUGAGAACAAUAUUGGAAUGCACAUGGCUUUGGUAGAAGAAAAGAAAAUGUCACUUCCAGGUGAAACAAAUCGAAAAAGGAGAAUAGAUCAAACCAAGGCGCUAGAAAGACUGACAAGGACGUCAAAGGCAGCUACUUCUCAAAGAACAAUUCUUAAUACUCGAAGCAACAAAGAGCAGAAGCCUGCAACAGGAGUGAAGGAAAGGGAUAGGUUAAGAACAUGGUUAUAAG